UGCCAAGUGUGAAGGAUGCUACUCGCAAAGGUGCCCCCUGCCUCUAGCGCUCCCCUCAGGGCAACAUGGCACAGACCCUCAAACUGGGCAGCAGCAGGUCCUCCCAGCUCUUCAGAGGGCUCCAAGAGCUCUGGGCUGAGACGGUCCUCAAGAACUCAGAGAAAGUCAUCAAAGGGCACAAGUCAUUGGCUGAUAUGCCCGGGCCCAGCACAGUCAGCUUCAUUUCUGAUCUGUUCUGCAGGAGGGGACUGGCACGGCUACAUGAGCUGCAGCUGGAAGGGAAAGCCAAAUUUGGCCCAGUCUGGAAGGCAAGCUUUGGACCCAUUCUGACUGUUCACGUGGCAGAACCAUCACUCAUUGAGCAGGUCCUUAGACAAGAAGGAAAGCACCCUAUUCGUUCAGAUCUCUCCUCAUGGAAAGAUUACAGGCAAUGCAGGGGACACUCAUAUGGACUCCUUACAGCGGAAGGUGAAGAAUGGCAGCAGUUUCGCAGUAUUUUGGGAAAACAUAUGCUAAAACCCAAGGAGGUGGAAGCUUACAGCGAUGUUUUAAAUGAUGUUGUUGGAGACCUCAUUAAAAAAAUCAAUUAUCAGCGGAGCCAAAACCAAAACAACGUUGUCAAAGAUAUAGCCAAGGAGUUCUACAUGUUUGGAUUAGAGGGAAUUUCCUCAGUGCUUUUUGAGUCCCGCAUCGGGUGCUUGGAACCCACUGUGCCCAAAGAAACAGAGAAGUUCAUUCAGUCAAUCAACACCAUGUUCGUGAUGACUCUUCUUACCAUGGCCAUGCCCAAAUUUCUACACAAAAUUUUCCGAAAGCCCUGGCAAAAAUUCUGUGAAUCCUGGGAUUACAUGUUUGCAUUUGCCAAAGGACAUAUCGACAAAAGAAUGAAGGACGUUGCACAGAAAUUAGCACAGGGUGAAAAAGUUGAGGGAAAGUACCUCACCUAUUAUUUGGCACAGGAAAAAAUUCCCAUGAAGUCAAUCUACGGCAAUGUCACAGAACUUCUCUUGGCUGGAGUGGACACGAUUUCAAGUACUCUUUCCUGGAGUCUUUAUGAGCUAGCCCAGCACCCAGACAUACAGUCUGCUGUGUACAGUGAGGUCGAGGAGAUACUGCAAGGCAAACAAAUCCCAUCGCCGUCAGAUGUGGCCAGAAUGCCUUUACUGAAAGCUGUUGUAAAAGAAGUCCUACGAUUGUACCCUGUUAUUCCUGGCAAUGCUCGUGUAGUCGCUGACAGGGAUAUUCAAGUGGGAGACUAUAUCAUUCCAAAGAAGACAUUGAUCACCCUCUGCCACUAUGCCACCUCCAGAGAUGAGAACGUCUUCUCAAAUCCCAAUGAAUUUCAGCCCGAUCGUUGGCUAAAGAAAGAAGAUACACAUCACCCAUAUGCCUCUCUCCCAUUCGGAUUUGGCAAGAGGAGCUGCAUUGGAAGACGAAUAGCUGAACUAGAGGUUUAUUUGGCUCUGGCAAGGAUCCUUUCCCACUUUGAAGUAAAACCUGAGCAGCCAGGCAGCCUUGUCAUGCCUAUGACUAGAACUCUGUUGGUGCCAGAAAAAGAAAUCAACUUGCAGUUUCUGGAACGAUGACAUGAGCCGCUGCUUAGUGUGGAUUAAAAAGGCAUCCGGUCACAACAAUUACUGUGAAAUAUUGAAGUCUCCACAUAGGGAAUUCCCACAUUUUUUGAUACAAAGAGCUGUGAUCACAAGAGCGUGAUAUCCAGUUACUAGUCCCUGGUGGGUUUCCUUACUCAGCAUUCUCUGUAUCUCUCCUAUGCACCAGAAUGUGCAAUAGCCAUGGUGCCCAUCUGCCAUGCCUUUGUUCCAUAAAUAUUUAUACCGCUAUGGGACCUGUUAGCUAGAAUACUAGGGACCUGGAGUUUUACGGAUAAAGGGUCUUUAUAAAAUUUGGGUCCCCAUACGUUGUCUAUUAAAAAUCAUUUAAACAUUAAUUAAACCAAAUAUGAUUGUUCUGCCUCAAAUGAGGAUUAAUUAUACCUUAGUUGGCAUCAAGUACAAGAUACUGCUUUAUUAUUACAGAGAAAAAGCAAAUCAUUUUUACAAAUGGAGUCUAUGGGGGAUAGCCUUCCCAUACUUCAGGACUUUCUGGAUAAUGGGUUUCCAGAUAACUGAUCCCAUAUCAGUAUCAUGAAAACAGCAAAACCCCAUAAUACAUAAGUAUUACAGAAGUAAUAUUGUACACACCAGUGUGGCUUAUAAUCAACUGUCACAAGCAAGCUCUUUGCUGAUGGCAUGUGUUUAAUGUAUAUAAAAGGAGAUACUAAUGGGAGAGACAUGAAACAAAUUUCUAAAAUGUCCAUAAUUGUCUUAUUAUGUGGUGUAAUAAUACCUUUUGUAUUUGUGAGUCACCACCAUCUAACUGUAUGUCCAUUAGAAAGCAGCAAGACUUACAUAGAUCCCAAUAUGUGACCUGACGUGGUUACUUCCUGUUACCUUUCAACAUUUUAUUUUAUUAAUGACAAACUAUUUGUACUUAUGUAAAGCUUAUUUAUUUAUAUGUAUAUAUUGGCCUUUACCAAGAGUUUUAUAUUUCAAUCUCCAUAUUUAAGCCUAAAUACUAUGUAUUCAAAAUAUUUUGUAUUUAUACAUUGGGGAAACAUACUUUGAGGUUAUGUAAAAACAUUGUGAACCAAAUAACUUUUUUUGUAUUUAAUAUAUAUAUAUAUUUAUUAUUUUGUGCUAAUAAAUAUGUAAUUUUAUACAUGUGAA